AUAAUACUUGGCUUUACUUGCAUUGAUAGAUCUCUUCUUUGUUCCAAGGGACGGAUUGAGGUCAUAUCCGCUACAACUGCGCCAUUUACCGUUGCUCCUUUUGGUACUCAACAGUAGUUGACACCAUUGGGAAUUAUUUAUGUCAUCAUUCCUGAUAAGCCGGUUCUGAUGACUCUACAACAUGGAAGCAACGGGAUUCUAGAGGCUGAGUUAUUUGCGCUGGAGACUCCACUUGUCUCCUAAUUGAUUUUGACAUAUAAGGACCGUGUAAUAUCUUGUGGACUGUCUCUCGUGCCUAACCUAUCAGCGAGCACGUAACGACGAUGACGACCAACUCCCUCAUGGAAAACCGGGGGAUAGCUGUGUUCUCUGGUGGGAGUGCAGCUAACAACCUUGUCGAUGUCUUCGAGACAGUGAGAGAGAGCAAGAAUUGUCCUCUUAGCUACAUCAUCCCCAUCAGUGAUAACGGUGGCUCAUCAUCAGAGCUGAUAAGAGUAUUCGGAGGACCAGGUAUUGGAGACGUCCGAAGCAGGCUGGUGCGGCUCAUUCCGGAAUCACCACCGAAUUCUGAACGUGGGGCUAUCAAGACGCUCUUCAACCACCGACUUAAUGCCAAUGAUUCUGUGUUAGCCCAUGAUGAGUGGCAUUCAAUUGUCGAUGGCACUUCAGAACUCUGGAAGACCAUUACGCCUGCGAAGAAGGAGCUAAUUCGUUCCUUUUUCAACCUGCUAAACCUUGAGAUUCUCAAGCGUGCACGUCCACCAACGUCGACGUUCGACUUCACUUCUGCAAGCGUUGGCAACCUAUUUCUGACAGGGGCACGUCUGUUCAGUGGUAGUUUCGAGAGUGCCAUCUAUCUGCUAGGCAGCAUAUGUGGAGUACCUUCAGAUCAUGUCCGUGUGAUCCCGGCGAUCAACUCAAACUUCUCACAUCACAUCUCUGCUUCCCUUGCCGAUGGCACCAUCAUCGUAGGCCAGAACAGUAUCUCCCAUCCUAGUGAGGCAUCGGCUCUCCAACCCCACCCAGGUGGGAGGCGUCCUAGCCUGUUGCUAGCGGACGGUGACGAAGAAGAGUCAUCUGAUGCGUCGGAUGCGGUCCCUUACGAGGAAGAUCACUUGCCAGGUUCCCUUCCUACACUACGCAACAAAAACAUCUCAUUCAGCAAAUCGGGAAAUGAGGACCUCCCAUCUCGUAUCUCCCGCAUCUGGUAUAUCAAUCCAUAUGGUCAGGAGAUUCGACCGCCUGCAAACCCGCGUGUGCUGGAAGCUAUCCGUGACUCUCAGGCUAUAAUCUAUAGCAUUGGGUCCUUAUAUACGUCUAUCAUCCCCGUGAUCAUUCUCCGCGGCGUUGGCGAAGCCAUUGUAUCCAGUACCGCCAGACACAAGAUUCUUAUCCUGAAUGGCUCCCUCGAUCGAGAAACGGGCCCACCGUCACAACCAUUCACGGCUGUUGAUUUCGUCGAAGCUAUUGCUCGUGCUGGAGAGGAAAGUCGGAGUCGCCGUUCAAAUCAUCGAACCGAAGUCGCACCACAACCUCUUUCUCCGACUAUUGCUACUAACCAUAAUACUAUUGAUUCCAAUCCGUCUACUUCACCAUCACCUCCUACCCCGCCUACCAUUGACCUUCCGUACACCUCUUAUAUCACUCAUAUCCUACAUCUCGACGGGCCGGGAACGCCUAAGGUAGAACGUGAGCGUCUUGCUGAUAUGGGAAUCGAGACAUUACGGCUAUAUGGAAGAAAGAUCAUCUCGAUGGAUGAAGACAGAGAGGUGGUACUCGGUAUGCAGUAUGAUUCGACAGCCCUUGUCCAAGCGUUGGAAGUUGUGCUAGGGAAGAAAGGGGACGCCAUGGUCAGGGGCCUUGGAGGUGGUGUGAGUAGGAGGAAUACUCUCGAAGGCAGAGUGGGAAGAGACAAAUCGAAAUCUCCUAGAUGAUGUAAGAGCACAAAAAAUAUACGUAGAUGUAGGGUGGAUAUAGGCGCACUAGACUGACAUUUGGCGUGAAUUGCAUACGGGCAAAGAUGGCAUGUCUACUGUUUGAUAAUCAGG